AUUUCUGCUGUUUAGAUGUUUCCCCUGAUCUGACAAGAAAAAUGGACAUCGAUACUCAGAGUACACGCUCGGGGACUUCACCAUCCCAGCUCCGUGGGUUUGUUAGUUGGAGACGGAGGAGAAGGAGGGCGCCUGGAGUGUGCGCUCUGUUUGGAGUCAGAUUACGCGCAGGCAUGGAGCGGAGCGCAGGGAGGGACUUCAUACAUGUGCAGAAGGAAUAACUCUCUGCUCGGCUGUUCCUCUCUGUCUGUCUGUCUGAGCCUGUCGGGGUCCUUCUGGGGCAGUUCAAAAACACCUGCACCCUCAGAGCUGAAGUGGAGAAUCUGCAGCCCGCGUCGGUUCACUUUCGCCGGACUUUCCACAAGUUUUUAAAUCAUGCUGGCAAGCGCCAAGUCGCCGAGCGCCAGUGCCAAGGAGCAGGGCAGAAAAGUGGCCGAGAAGACGACGGAUCCCAUCAGGAGACUCGGGCUUCUGGACAACGAGGACGUUCGCGUGAUGAUGCAGGGUUCCAGCAUGGUGAAGGUUCGCUCCUCAAGGUGGCAGAAGAGUCGACACCUUCGGCUGCUGGAGGACGGACUCACGGUUUGGUGCGAAUCCACUAAAAGCUCCCGCAAAGCCAAAGCACAGCAGACAUUUGCGGUGACAGAGGUGGAGUGCGUUCGCGAGGGCUGCCAGUCGGAGGCUCUGCGGCGGCUGUCCGGCUCGGUGCCAGAGACCCAGUGCUUCACCGUGGUGUUCAGGGGCACCAGGAAGAGCCUGGACCUGCUGUGCCCCUGCGAGGACGAGGCCCGGCGCUGGGUCCGAGGCCUCCGCAUGCUGAAGGAGCGCGUGGCCGCCAUGACGCAGAAGGAAAAACUGGACCACUGGAUCCGGGGAUACCUGAAGCGAGCGGAUCAGAACCAGGACGGCAAGAUGAGCUACGACGAAGUCAAACGGCUGCUGCAGAUGAUCAACAUCGACCUGAGCGAGCAAUAUGCCCGCAACUUAUUCAAGCGGUGCGACCGAUCGGGCGACGACCGCCUGGAUCACAUAGAGAUCGAGGAGUUCUGCAGGGAGCUGCUGAGGCGGCCCGAGCUGGACGCCGUGUUCAGACACUACUCGAGUAACGGCUGCGUCCUGUCCACCGCCGAGCUGCGGGACUUCCUGGGAGACCAAGGAGAAGACGCCUCGCUGAAUCACGCUCAGUACCUCAUCCUCACCUACGAGCUCAACGACUGGGCUCAGAGGAACCAGUUCAUGACCCAGAACGGUUUCACCAUGUACAUGUUGUCCCUGGAGAACGACGUCUUCAACCCCGACCACGCCAGAGUCCACCAGGACAUGAGCCGCCCUCUGGCCCACUACUUCAUCUCCUCGUCGCACAACACCUACCUUACCAAGGACCAAGUCACCAGCGCCAGCAGCACCGAGCCGUACAUCCGGGCUCUGAAUCAGGGCUGCCGCUGUGUGGAGCUGGACUGCUGGGACGGAGAUAAAGGCGAACCGGUCAUCUACCACGGCCACACUCUAACCUCCAAAGUCCCCUUCAAGGAGGUCAUUGAAACCAUCGCCCAGUACGCCUUCAAGGCGUCCCCAUACCCUCUAAUCCUGUCCUUGGAGAACCACUGUUCUGUGGAGCAGCAGGCCGUCAUGGCCAAACACCUCCGCACCAUCCUGGGCAGAAAACUGCUCACCAAACCCCUGAGCGAGCAGCCGCUGAAAGAGCUGCCGUCCCCCGAAGAGCUCAGGGGCCGGAUUCUGGUGAAAGGGAAGAAACACACUCCUCACCUGGGUCAGCUGGGCAAAACCGGCAGCACCGCCAGCUUCUCCUCCAGCUCCGAUGACGAACUCGCAGGCAGCAACAAGAACACGCCCAAGAAAGAUCCUGCAAAGGUCUGUUCCAAACUGAGCCCCGAGCUGUCGGAUCUGGUGGUUUACUGCAGGAGCGUCCACUUCCACGGGUUUAAAAACAUGUCUGACACAUCACCAAAUGAAAUGUCUUCCUUCUGUGAAAACGAUGCCCUCAGGCUCAUCAAAGACUCGGGGAAGCUUUUUGUAAGACACAACAGCAGGCAGCUGAGCCGGAUCUACCCCUCUGGCCAGCGCCUCCAAUCAUCCAACUAUGAUCCUCAGGAAAUGUGGAACGGCGGCUGCCAGAUGGUGGCUCUGAACUUCCAGACUCCCGGGGAGCAGAUGGAUUUGAACCAGGGUCGCUUCCUCCCAAACGGUCGCUGCGGUUAUGUCCUCAAACCCAGCUACUUGUGCAGCACGACGUCCAACUUUAACCCGGAGAACACGGGAGGAGGCCCCGGUCACAUCCCCACCCAGCUGACUGUACGAAUAAUUUCUGCACAGCAGCUGCCAAAAAUCAACACGGAGAAAGCGAGCUCCAUCGUGGACCCCCAGGUGUGGGUGGAAAUCCACGGGGUGGCGAUUGAUAACGCAAGAAACAAAACCCAACGCAUCGACAACAACGGCUUCAACCCGCGAUGGGACUGCACCCUGAGCUUCCAGCUGCAGGUCCCUGAGCUGGCCCUGGUGCGCUUCGUGGUGGAGGAUCACGAUCACACGGCCAAGAACGACUUUGUGGGCCAGUUUACUUUGCCGUUCACAAGCCUGCGCACAGGUUAUCGUCACGUUCAUUUACUGAAAGCAGACGGCUCCAGUUUGUCCCCCGCCACGCUUUUUAUCCACGUGAAAGUGAGCCGCAAAGGAGCUCCCGUCAAAACUGUGUCCGAGCGAAUGGCGGCCGCCAAAAGAAAAGCGUGACGAGCCACACUGAAGGUGGAAUUUUCUGAAAAAAGACUUUGGAGGAGGAAAAAGCUCUAAAUGUGAGGAAAGAAGAACCACUGCUACCAGCCGGUCUCCCAGUCCAGACCUGAAGUGGUCCAAUUUACCCUCAAACCACUUCCCAGUUGAGGAAGACAGAUGUUGUUCAGUAGAGAUGACAGAGCAUCAGUGCUGAGUGACACUUGAAAAAAUGAAAUUUAACGUCAUUAACACUCAUAUGAGUUGGAUAGAGAAGAGAUGUGUUAUUUUAACAUGACAGUAUUUGGAUUUUAGGAACUAUUUUAACAUUUUUACACUCAAGUAUUUGGGGUUUAGCUUUUAAAAAGGGCACUUUCUUAAUCUUAAAAGUACUUAAAGUAGGAGACCGAGCAGCUGUGUUUAAAAAAAAAAGAAAGAAAUAUCGCUGUUUUAACACUAACUGUGAUUUCAUACAGAUCUAAUUAUGUUUCAGUGAUUACCACAGGUUGUACUGUUCAUGAACAAACAAGGUUUAUUCAGUUAGUCUUACUUGAUACUUAUAAGAUAUUUUGGCACUUUUAUUUAAUGAUAACAGUGCACAACUUUCAAAUGAACUUGAAUUAGAGACAGUAUUAUUUGCAGACAGUUGUCUACUUGAGCUACUUACAAUAAUUGUGUUUUUCUCAGCAGCAUUUCACACGUUAACAAAAUAAGGUGUUUAGUUAAAUCACGUUUGACGAUAUUUGCAUGUAGGCUGAGUAAUUAUUUCUUGUUGCCAGUUGUCGUCCUUACGUUCAGACGGUUUAACACUAAGUGCAGCUUUCUAAUGCAACCACCAAUUACUGCAGGCUGCACUGAAUCAUUUAAUGCUCUUACAGGUGAUAAAAUGCUCCUGUGAUGGAAGGUGACGCACAGAAAUCGCUGUAAUUACAGUUUAUAUGAUCAAGAUGGGUUUUCGGUCGAUCCUAACUGAUGAGGAGUUAAAUAAGACGUUGCAGUGUUAAAGCUUAAAGCCUGUCGUGUGAAUGUGAUAAUGUGCGUGAGAGAAAAAAUGCUGUUUUUAUAAAGCACUAAUAACACA